GGUAACCAAGGAGGCCGCAAUAAAGGCCUGAAGCGGGUGGAGGGUUCGGAGAGCGGGUUAUUGAUAAGUUGUAAUAUUUUUUUUCUCGAGUUAGUCUUGUAUUGAUCAGCUUAACCGAUUACUGAGCUGUAGUCCGUUACCAGUGGCAACCAUGGUGAAACUGCGGGCCAAAUGCCUCCUGGCCGGUGAUUCCACUGUUGGGAAGAGUGCGCUGGUACAAGUAUUUCGCAGUGAAAGUGCUCAUUUUCUGAAAAAUUAUACCUUGACAACUGGAGUGGAUAUCUUUGUAAAUCCAAUCUCUAUCCCAGACACGUCGGACAGUGUGGAGCUUUUCCUAUUUGAUUCUUCAGGGAAAGAGAUCUUCUAUGACAUGGUGGAAAGUCAAUGGGAGCUUGCAGGGGCCAUCUGCCUUGUGUAUGACAUCACCAAUGCAAUGUCCUUCAACAGCUGUACAAAGUGGCUGGAAAGGGCCCGAGCUCAGGCUCCCAACGGCCAGCUGCCAGGAGUUCUCGUGGGCAACAAGAUGGAUUUAGCAAGCAGGCGAAUGGUGGAGUACACACAGGCACAGGAAUGGGCAGCCAGGCAGGGUCUGGAAUACUUUGAGACCUCCGCUAAAGAGAUGGAGAACUGCAACACUCCAUUCCUGAGCCUGGCUAAAGCAUUCCAUCGUAUGUACGAGGAGAAGCUGGAACACAUCCAAUCUAUUGUGUGAGACGGCCCCUUGUCACUCCCUCUUUCUGCCCAGUGGAGUGACCACAUUAUAAUCAACAGCCUCCUCUACAUGAGGGCACCCUGUCUGGCUUACCUACAGUAAGGGCCACCAGAGGUUAGCUUUCUCACUCUCUCACCCUGUUUCACUGCAGUGCAUCCUCUUCCUGAUGUGAGCUCCGUUUCUGUCUUUGCUUCUCUCUUUCUUUACACAUCUCCCUCUCUGUGUCUGUCUGUCUGUCUGUCUGUCUGUCUGUCUCUCUCACACACACACACAAAUACCUGUAUACAAUGGGUCAACCAGUUGAUGUCUGAAAGAAGCAUCAAGAGCCACUGCGACAGGACCAGUUGCUGUGGAGAGAGCAUUAGGAAAAGGUGCACUGAAAAUCGCUUCAGUUCAGAUGGUGAAGGUGGGAUUGGGAUUUCUUGUAACACAUAAUCCAGUUCUAUUUGUGUGGCUAUUGUUCUCCCUGCACUCCAUGGCCAACGCAGACAUUCAGGUUAGCAGGCAAUGAAUUCUGCUUUCCAUUAUUUUGAAGUUCUUGGACUGUCAGAGUGGAAGGAGUUGUCAUCUUUUGUUAGACGGAGUCAUGUUAUCAGUUUAGAAUCCCUUGUCCUGUUUUGUGGAGUAAAGUUACUUUUGUAAGGAAUUUUAUUAAAAAAAUAAUUGGC